AUGUCGCCCCCGGACGAAACAAUAAACCUCCAAGGCAUAGCAGAAGCGGAGAACGCUCCCCGCGCACAGAUCCUCGCCUCCCUAGCCCCACAAUACACCUUCACCUGUCUCGUGUCGCCCUCCCAUCCCCUCGUCCCUCCAGCCAGACCCAACUCCGUUUUCUCAGUAGACAGCGAUCUCUCUUUCCAGACAGCCCCCGAAGAUCUGCCACAACGCUCCACCACCCUCGAGCUCAAAUCGUAUCUCGGUUCAAGCUCCCUCUUCGACAGCUACGCCGCCACGCUCUCUGGCCAUCCUCUAAUCGCCCGAAUCCUGGACCCAUCCCUCUCUCCCGGAACUCUCGCAAAAGCCCGCGCCGAGGCGGAACUGUACGCAGAGCUGGAGAGCUUGCAGGGCCAAGUGAUACCCCGGUUCUAUGGCCUGUGGCACGGCAAGCUGGAGGAUCUGGUGGGACGCGGGGAAUAUGAGCGGCAACUCCUCGUGAUGCUGCUCGAGAAUUGUGGGGAGCGGCUCGACAAGCUCUUCGCGCGUGGCGGAGGCGCGUCCGUCAAACCUGAAGACGUACGCCGUCUCUUUUCCCGAUUGCGAGAGAGUGGUGAAGUGGCAGGAGACGUGUACUGUCUCCCUGGCGGUCAACUGCGGAUCGCUGGUCUAAGGCCAGCAAGUAGGGAGAGGGUGGAGAGGACAGAUAGGCCACGAAGCGUGGAUACCAGACUUGCGAACACCAAACAGCCGCCGCAACGUCCCCAUCCCCGCCGCCCACCGCCGCCACCCCCCAUGCCGAAGUUACCGCCGGCGCCGCCGUCGCCCGUCUCCCCCGUCUCCCCCGUCUCGCCGCCACCUCCCUCACCCUGUCAGAAGAGUGAGGCGGGCCAGCCACUUCCUGAACCCCCCAAGAGCGCUAGUUCCUCCUACAUCGCAGGCGGGUGUUCGCCCACCUCUUCCGUUAGCUCCAAGCCAAGUGUCAAGUUUCCCGACCGCCCGAUAUCACUUCCUCCCCCGCCUCCCGUUAUUGACAUUCUCUGCGAGCAGCACCCGGACGACGGAAACGGGGACGAGGAGGGGAACGUCGGGAACAGAGCGUCCGUGCUCACAUUCAACCAGGGUGCUAGAUCCCUCGUUGCCCGGAGCUGUAGUCCGCCGCCUGAGCUGGUUUCCGUGUAUGAGGAUGAGUGUCCCAAGCCCCAGCUUAGGAAGAAGAAGAGCUGGCUCAGGAGCAAGCCUAGUCUCCGCAGUCUGAGGCUGUUCCGGCGCAAGGAGAAGGAUAAGGCAGAGGACGGCCCGCAUCUGGAGGUGGUUGUAUAG